AUGACCAGGCUCUGGGAGGGCCCUCACAUCCUGGGGGGCAGCCUGGUGGGGGUCUUGUACGAGGACCAGGAGUGGCUGCGCGCGGAGCUGCUGACCUGCAAGGAGGAGUCGGAGCUGGUGGGCUCCGUGCGGGUGUCCCACGGCCCAGAGUGGAAUGAGAUGACUCUGAAGUUCAUGGCCAGCAACUCCGGCCAUUGGGGCGAGGAGAUUGUGGCGAAACGGGUCUCCAAGGAGCAGACGGUGCAGCGCCCGAAGGUCACGGCCAGCGAGGAGGAGAUGCUGGAGUCCCAGUACUGGCAGUCCCUGGAGGUGCUGAGCCAGGCCCUGCGGGUGGAGCACGCUGCCCUGCCGGCCCUGGAGCGCCGCGCCAGGAGCUGGGCUCGGAGUGUGGCCUUUGCCCAGAUGACUCUGGGCAUGCGCGGGGUACCCAUGCGAGGCGAAGACGAGGACGACUUCGUGAUUUGGAUCCUCGGCGCCACGCGGGAGGUGGAGGUCUCGCUGGCGGAGCAGGGGUUCUUCAAGGACAUGAACUGGCUGGACCGUGCCCCCACCACAGUGUACAUCAUCGGGGACAACCUGCUUGAAGAGCUCAUUGUCGAGGAGGCAGGCAAGCCAAAGGCCAAAGAGCCGCAGGCGUCUGUGACCAAAGAUGAUGCGGCCACUUACGUGGUGGUCUACUCCAGGGUCUUCGUUCGGGAUCAGCCGUCCAUCGAAGGGAAGUAUGUAGGUGACUUGUUUGAGGGCACGGAGGUGCAUGGACGGGAGGAGGGAGGUUGGCUGCGGCUGGAUUCAGCCAGCGCCGAGCUCUGCGCUCGCCUGCGCCGCCGGGAGGGCCGGGAUCACGGGCCCUUCUGGGUCCUCCUUGACGGGAAGCAGCUCGGCCUGGGUGUGUUGCUGGAGCGGAAGGGUGUGGAGAGCGAGCGCAGCGAGGUCGAAGAAGGUGCGGCCUUUCUGCCAGCGAUCUGCAGCGCCUGCUAUGAGGAGGUGCCGGACUUGGUGCGGGUGAGGCCACCGCAUCUUGCGGCCGUGCUGAUGCCUAGCGGUUCGCCCAGUGCGGAGGAUCCGCCCCAGGGAGUGAUCCCCCGGGAGGUGCUGGAGCUGCUGGCGCCCGAGCUGCCGGUGGUGGUCUCCACUCGCGCGGCGCGCCGAGAAAGCGCCCCGAGGACCUUCCCGGAGCUGCUGCCGCAGGUGAGGUGCCCCUUCUCCGCCAACGCAGGAGACCCCAGUCUGAAGUAUGACGACAACGGCUGGAUCUUUGCCGUGAAAGGUGCAUACCUAUCCCGAGCAUUGCAGCCGGAUCCAGAAUGUGAGAAGGAGAAGGAGAAGGUGAAGACCAUGUUCUGGGGCAUCGUUGACCUUAAGUAUGACAGCAGCAAGCCCAUUUUCGAGCGCAUUCGAGUCCUGGAGACAGGUGAUGGGCGAAUCUCCAAGUUCUCAGGGGAUGGCGCGCCCAUUCAGAAGAAGUUCGAGGAGCACUACCAGCUCCAGGAGCAGGAAGCAGCUCUGCAGACCUACAACUUCAUCUCCAAGGACAAGAAGCUCACGCACGACCUUUUUGAGGCAACCGGCUACGGGCACAUCAUCCCCUCGCAGGUGUGCUUCCCGCGGAUCUACUACCCCGGCCUGGCCAGCCACAUCUGCGCGGAGCUGGGUUUGUCUGGCCGGGACCUGGUGGUGCUUAAGCUCUGCAACCGCUCCCGUGCGGCAGGCGUCAUGAUCAUCGCCGCCGAGCAGAUGGAUGGCCUGCUCCAAGAGCUGCUGGAGCUACCGCCGGCGGAGCCCUGGUUCAGAGCCCAGCUCUUCCACCUCGAGAACUCCGCCGCGGACUUUAACGUGGCCAGGGACUCCCACGAGGACCGAAAGUUCGAGGGGUUUGGGGUGGAGCUUGCGGAGAAGAUGGUAAAUGCACUGGUGGGCCAAUGA